UUUAGCGCCCCGAAGUAUCGAAUGCAUUCGGGCUUAAUAUAUGAGUUUACGAAUUUAUCAAAUCGAAUUUAAUUAAAAGACUAUACUUUUAAUCGAAUCUAAGACUUAUCGAUUGGAGAGUUUCAACCUGGAAAAUAUUAAUUGGGACUUCCCACAAUUUCGAGAUCACACGAUCUAAUCGAAGUAUUUUCCAGUGCACGAUCACAAUGAGUGACGUUGACCAAGAUCCCUACGAUGUUUUGGAAUUGCCCAGAAACGCCACGGAAGAUGAGAUUAAAGAAGCAUUUCGUAAGUUGUCCCUGCUAUGGCAUCCGGACAAAAACCCCAGUGGAACGGAGCAGUUUCGUGAGAUCUACAAGGCUUACCAAGCAGCUCUGAUGGCCACCAAAAACCGUGCAUCCUACGAUUCCUUCAUUUUACAAACAAGAGACCCCGGGAUUCUCAGUACCGUCAAAAACUAUAACGUAUCUGGUAAACUGGUAAGAUUGGCAAAGACAUGGUUCCCAAUGCCCUCCGGACCCGAUGCAGGAUAUUUUCACAGAAAGCUUAAAGUGGCUGUAUUUAUCGGAGGCGUGGCUGUGGGGGCCUAUGUGACCUACAGAAUAAUGCAACGAUCUCCUCCGUCGAUCCCGAUCCCAGUUACAGUUCCAGUUCCUGAGGCAGUUAUUCCACAAAGUGCCGUCCAGGAACUUAGUGAAAUCCACCCCGCCUCCUUGUGGACAUUGGUCUCUUGGCUAGCCGCUUUAAGAUCCAAGAGUAUGUUACGUCUUGGCAGAUUGACUUCAGGAUCAAGUACUCGACUGUCCUCUAAGGCUCUAAAUGGAUCUCUAUCUUCUGCUGCCGACGCCGUUGCCAAAACAGUAACCCAAGGUCCCCGAGCCGUGACUUCUGCGAUUUCCAGCUCGUCCUUAACUUCUGCAGCCAACGUUGUGGCCAAAACAGUAACCCAAGGACCCCAAGCCGUGACUUCUGCGGUUUCCAGCUCGUCUUUAACUUCUGCAGCCUACGUUGUGGCCAAAACAGUAACCCAAGGACCCAAAGCCGUGACUUCUGCGGUUUCCAGCUCGUCUUUAACUUCUGCAGCCAACGUUGUGGCCAAAACAGUAACCCAAGGACCCCAAGCCGUGAUUUCUGCGGUUUCCAGCUCGUCUUUAACUUCUGCAGCCAACGUUGUGGCCAAAACAGUAACCCAAGGACCCCAAGCCGUGACUUCUGCGAUUUCCAGCUCGUCCUUAACUUCUGCAGCCAACGUUGUGGCCAAAACAGUAACCCAAGGACCCCAAGCCGUGACUUCUGCGGUUUCCAGCUCGUCUUUAACUUCUGCAGCCAACGUUGUGGCCAAAACAGUAACCCAAGGACCCAAAGCCGUGACUUCUGCGGUUUCCAGCUCGUCUUUAACUUCUGCAGCCAACGUUGUGGCCAAAACAGUAACCCAAGGACCCCAAGCCGUGAUUUCUGCGGUUUCCAGCUCGUCUUUAACUUCUGCAGCCAGCGUUGUUGCUAAAUCAUUACCACCGGAACCGCAAAUUGCAUUGAAUUCUACUGCGGAAAUAGUGGCCAAAACAUUAACCCAGGGAUCACAAGCUUCCAAAACAGUUGUCGCAGAAACAUUAAAACAGGGGUCAUCCUCAGGUUAUUCCUCUGCUGCCGACGAUCUAACUAAGAAAACUGCCGCAGGACUUUUCAAAUACUGGAAAUGGACCACACUAUCCAUUGGAAAGGGCUCUGCUGCUGUAAGCCCGGCCCUAACAAACUUCAAAACAUCAUUAGUUAAGGGUGCCACCAACGGUUGGAAAUGGACUGAACCCAAAAUCCUGUCCAUUAGAUCAAACUUGGAAAGGACAUCACAAACAUCCAUCACUGGCAUAGUUCAUGGUUCCAGUUCGGCUAUGUCUUCUGCUGCAAGAAGUUCCGCCAAAGUCAUAGAGAAAGGAACAUUGAAGGCGUAUAGUUUAUGGCGAGUUAGUUUGGCUCCGGUAAUAUCUUCAAGCUCCUCUGCCAUUUCGACAGCUUCCAGGGCUUUUACUGAAGUCAUUAAGAAAAAAUUCACAUCUAAACCCAUUUCUCACAAAACACAGACAGCACCACCAAUGUUUGAACCUAGCCCGAGUCCUCCAAGUUCUGCGGAACCUUUGAAAAACUUACCACAGACUCCACAGUUGGUUCCAGUUUACAAAUUAAUCAUUGUGCUAGCUCCAUUAUGUAUUGCCGCCGCUUGUGUGCCAUACUAUAUGCAACACAAAUUAUUUUCACCACCAAAACCAGAACCCAAAAAGGAAAUCGGAUAUUACUCUGCUGCCAAAGAUGUAAUGAAAACUACUUAUAGAGGAGUUAGCAACACCGUAAGCCCGAUCAUAACGGGAACUACAAAAGUUGUAGUUAAAGGAGUAACCUCUGGUUGGAAUUGGACAUCUGUAAAGCAGGCUGUAACUGAUUCGACAAGCACUGCAUUAAAUGGUGUAACCACUAGCUGGAACUGGACUGCGUCAAAAGCUGGUUUAUAUCUGGUGUCUCCGCUAAAGAAUAUUUAUAAAUUUACUUUGGACAGGGUAGUACCACCAAAGUCAUAAAAAUAGGAAAUUCCUCAUAAAAAAAAGUUCUAUGGUUGGCAUGGAUCUUACAAAAGGCAUAAUAAAAAAAUCACAUCUUUUUUCCCACAAGCGUUUUUACGGUUCAAAAAAAUGUUUAUAAAAACAUACGGUUAUGGGUGAAAAUUAGAUGUCGACAACACAUUGUAAAGGCAAACAAGAAAGGAAGUUAGCUUCGGCAAGCCGAAGCUUGAAUACCCUUGCAGCUAUAAUUAUUAAAUUU